AAAUCCUCAAAUCGAGGAAAUUGAUGAUAUGAAUUCUUUACAUUUCAAGCCUACGCAAUCCAAUUUAAAUAAUCAAAACUCUCGACAAAUUGUUCACCAUAUGAUUCCUCAACAUGUCCAAUCUACGCAAUCCAAUGAUCAAAACUCUCGACAAAUUGUUCGCCAAAACAACAUACAAAAUGAAAUCUUACAGCAGAUUUUUUCCCAAAAUCAACGACUAAUUACGAUGUUUCAAAACAUAUCAAAUAUUCCUUCUAUUUUUACCAAUACUCAAAAUACACGUCAAUCUUCGAUUCCCCAGAACAAUAAUACUAUUGCCAAUUCGCAAAAUACACCUCUGCUUUCAGUUCCCCAAACCAAUGAUACUAUUAUUACCAAUUCUCAAAAUACAUGGCAGCCUUCGGUUCCUCAGAAUCCUCAGAACAAUAAUAAUAUUUUUACUAAUACACCUCAGCCUCCUCAAGAAUCAUUGAGCAAACAUCAAAUCAAUAUUUGUGAUUCUUGCAUGAAGGGCAAUUUUUCUAAUCACAUCACUGGAUCGUCGAGCAAAUAUCAAAUUAAUAUUUGUGACUCUUGCAUGAGAAGCAAUUUUACUAAUCAAACCACAAGUAUAUUCGUUUCUCAGAUUAACAAUAACCUAAUUUCCAAUCAUGUUACUAAUAUUCCCGAUCUUCAAAACUCAGCUUCUAGUCAAGAUAUAACUGGGACUCAGCAUAUUUCAAAUUGCAUUACCAAC